AUGGCAGGUCAUUCACAUUCAGCCAAUAUUAAACAUCGCAAAGAUAGGCAAGAUAGUGCUCGCAGUCAACUUUUUCUGAAAGUUCGGAAAAAAAUUGAAAAUAUUAUUCGAGAAGAACACGAAGUUAAUGAAAAAUCUUUGAUUCUUUAUCAAGCUCCGUAUGGAAUUUUAAUUUAUUUGGAAAACAAUCAAGAAAUCACUCCUGAUUCAAUCAAAAAAUUAAAUUUGAUAACACUCCCACUUUCCUCUCUUCCUAAUUAUUUUCAAUUGUCAUAUAGUUUAAAAAUCAGUUUAGAAGAAAAUAAUAAAAAUGAUUUAGAGGAAUACUUAAUUACUUAUUUACCAAGCGAGUUUUUAGAAAAAAUGACUUAUGAUGAAAAGGAAAAAAAACUAAUUUCUCCUAAUAAAGAGGAAAUAUCACAAAUCAAAAAAAUUAUCAAAGAAAAUAAUUUAGAAUUAGUGAUGGAACAAGAAAAAGCAGUGUGA